AUGGCUACUCCUCGCAUGUCCACGAUGCUUCGGGGAACUCUACGGCGUGUACCCUUUGCACGGCACCAGUGUCUUCGGACCACCAGGCGCCAGGCCCAUAACAUAGCCAGCGGCAGCAUAGGGAGAUCAAGAGGAGCUCUGCCCUUCAUCGGCUUUGCGACAGCCCUCACAGCCGCGGCACUAUACUCUACGUCUACCACCCCACCCAUCUCCCUAGACGCUCCCACCAUUGCUCAGCUUGACGAACAAGCAAGGCGCCAAUCCGAAAUAACACCAUCCUCGCCCAUGCGUUUGCGCAUGGAAAAGUUAAUAAAAGAUCAACAAAAACGAAUCGUCGACGAGCUCUCCCAGAUAGAUGGCAAGUCUUUCAUAAUAGACGAAUGGAACCGUCCAAACGGUGGAGGAGGCAUCUCUUGCGUUCUACAGGACGGCAACGUGUUCGAAAAGGCCGGAGUCAACGUCUCGGUCGUAUACGGAAAAUUGCCCCGCCCGGCCAUCGAGAAGAUGCGCGCAGACCAUAAGUCAUUCGUCUCCUCGGACGUCGAGUCGUUAGAUUUCUUUGCUGCAGGACUCUCGCUUGUCCUUCAUCCAAAGAAUCCCAUGGCCCCAACAGUCCAUUUAAACUAUCGGUUUUUCGAAACAUCAGAUCCCAAGGAUGUGGUUAACGGGCCGAAAAAUUGGUGGUUUGGCGGUGGUACCGAUCUGACUCCCUCUUAUCUGUUUCCUGAGGACUGUGAACAUUUCCAUAAAACGAUAAAGGACGUGUGUGAUAAGCAUGAUACUUCAUAUUAUCCCAAGUUCAAGGCUUGGUGUGAUAAAUACUUCUACCUCCCACACCGAAACGAAGCACGAGGAAUCGGCGGAAUAUUCUUCGACGACCUUGAUACUGAAUUCAUACGCCAGUCCUCGCCAGACUCGGCUUCAACGUCAGCCAAGGAUGCGCAGGAGGGUAUCUUCUCGUUCGUAACAGAUGGCCUAUGUUCGUUCCUACCUUCGUAUGUGCCCAUUCUGAAUAAACGGAAGGACAUGCCUUUCACGGAGCAGGAGAAGGACUGGCAACAGCUUCGUCGUGGACGCUAUGUUGAGUUCAACCUUGUACAUGAUCGAGGCACGAGCUUUGGGCUGCGUACUCCCGGUGCUAGGAUUGAGAGUAUUUUGAUGAGUUUACCGAGAACAGCCAAGUGGGUGUACAUGGACCCUGUCUCGGGGACGAGGACGGAUGGUCUAGAUUCUGGGGAUACUGUUGAGGGUAUGGAGAGGGAGAAGGAGUUGAUGGAGGUGCUAAAACAGCCCAAGGAGUGGGUGUGA